AUGUCUGCCGCCCCCAUGCUGGACGAACCUCUUGCCUGGCUGGAUUCUUUCAUGCAGGGGUCCUCUGCGGACGACUCCCUGAACAAUCACUCGUCGAACGUACUCAGCAUUGGAUCAUCCACGCCGAGUGAAGGGCAGCACAGCCCCAACUUUGUGGCACCUAGUCGCGAUCCUCCAUCGUCUGCAUCUUCGACUCCUGCAGCCUCCGCAUCCCGUCACCGACCACAGAUCAAGUCUGCGUCCUCUUCUACACCAACAUCUGACCCUGCCCCCCCUCGCAAGAGAAUUAGGCCCAAGAUUGCCCUUGACCCUCACCAACCUCCGACUGCGCGCGGUAACCCUCGGGCUCGCGUUUACGUUGCGUGCAACCAGUGUCGUGUACGUAAAACGCGAUGCGACGGCGCAAAGCCGGUAUGUUUUAAUUGUCAUAAACGGCCGCCGGAUGUUGGCGAGUGCUCUUACGAUGCCCGGCCGAACCGUCGGGGACGAGACAAAGCCCCUGGAACACGGGCGCGUAUGGCCACAUCGCAUAGGUUCAAACGAAGGAAAACCUCGAGCGGCACCGUCGAUAGUGACAGCGACUCAAAUAGCUCUAAUCCUACUCACGAAUCGGGUAGCGCGAGUGGCGGGCAAACCGCCACGCACUUGCAUGCUUCCUACGACAACUUCCCGGGGCUGUCAUCGGAAGAGGAAUCAGAAGAAUACGACCCGUUCCCUCUAGUUGACUUGGACAACCCAAUCGCAGGAACGGAGUUCAGUCUUGGUCGAUAUGCUCAGGAGGUCGAGCAGAACAUACCCCGUCGUCCAAGUCUCCAAUUUACACGCGAAACCUGGUGGGACGCGCUGCUUACCUUCUACUCAACCGACUCCGGUACGACAGAUACUAUUUCCUUGGUGCCUGAGCAACGGUCGGCCACUGUCUUGCGCGUUGUGUCUGACCUUAGGGCGCUCUUCCAUGCCUCCAUUUACUGGGUUAGCUUCAUCCACAUCCCUCGAUUCUUUGACGCGCUCUUGAACCCGACAACGCGAGGAUCGAUGCAGCCCAGUCUUGUCAUGAGCGCCUUGGCCAUUGGUCUGUUCUCCCAGAGCUCCGAGGCAGAGAAGGGCGCGGCGGGUCGCGCUAAAGCGCUUCAACUCAUUGAGAUCGCGCACAGCUCGCUGCAGGCUAGUAUGGCGUCCGGAUGGGUCAACGUUGAACUGAUUCAAGCGGCAUGGCUUAUCGUCUACUUCGAACUUCAGUCUCAUCCAAUGCGGUCGACUACACGGCAUCGUUCAUCGCUGCUUCUCCUGGACUCUCUGAUACGCUUGUUCUCCCUGACGACUCUUGAUGCUGACAUCAAGCGUGCUCAUACCUCCAAUCGGCCUUCUGUGGCCCUGCUAAACGCCGCUGGGCUUACUUCAUCUAUCAGCGAGGUGCCUUCCAACAACAACAUUCCAUUCUACACUAGUGCCCACACCCCAGGCUUCUUUGCGCAGCCCAGUGGUGUCUUCCCUCUCCAGCAGGGUGUGAAUUUUAACCUGCCGCCACACGCGCCCCCCGCACAUCUUGUGCAGCCCAUUGUUCCUGACAACAUGACUCUUGGUCCGUCAACUACACUCCAUCCCGUUGACUGCAACUGCGCGUCCUUGACGCUUAAAGCGCAUUGGCCCGGCGUGAGUGGUAUUGCGCCGGCCUGGGCCGGGACGCUUAUCUGGCCGGAGAACAUAUCCGAAGGAGAAUUCAGGAAGGAGGAAUGCCGUCGGCUUGUUUGGGCUAGUGUCAUGGUGACCGCGAGCCUGAACGCGUACAACUCCGCGCAUAACAUCGAGGCAGACAUCGAUAAGCAGAAGUUGUGGAUGAAGAACCCCGACAACUACGCGCUGCUCUUCCCUGGGGAAUCCCUUGCCAUGCACGGCGCGCCUGUGCAGCCAAACAACGUCUGGACGCUCUACCUGCGCUCGAUGCUUCUCCUGCACAGCUGUGUGCAGAAGCGCGCCGACCUCACACUGAGCGACGCGGAGCGCGCGCAGUUCGCGAUGCAGGCGUGGCUGGAGAUGGACGCUAUCGAUGACGCGCUCGGGCAGCAUACGUGCGAGCUGGAGCGCAACUUUGGCCAUCAAGCGCGCGAGAUGCUGUUCAGCUCGCGGAUGUGCGUCUCGCACGAGUUCCAUAGAUACAUCCCACGAAUCACGACAAAAGGCAGCCAGUUGUUUUACAGGGACAAGGCUGAAGCUUGGCUGCGCCUCCGGAUGGCCACGGCAGAGCAAGUAUGGAAGAGCCUCACUGAAGGAGUCCCGUCGCCCGCUCUCGAUUACCGGAGGCCACUGCUGAUAUAUUGGUUCAUGUCUCAUGUUCUCAAGGCGCUGGUGCUAUGGGAGGCUGACCCAACGCUCAUUGUGGCUCUCGAAGCGGCUAAGGUGUUCAGCAAGCGUACGGAGUAUUUGAUGUUGUUCUGGCCAAGUGAAGAUCAGCGAAAAGAGUGGGCGAGUAUUCGCAUGAAACUCGUGAAAGCAUGUUUGGAGGUCGGCAUAUCGCCUCCUACGGUCGCUCUUCCUGGCCCCAUCCCGCACAUGUUUCGGCAGGCGAGGCAGGCGCAGAGCAACCCAAUACAAUGAUUGUACGUGCACAUCAGAGAUGGUUUUUUGUACUAUAACCCUUCCAUAUAAUCCUUUCUUCUGUUAUCCACCAAAAUGCUAAGCCACAUCUCCCUC